UUUAGUUACUUUAUAUUUGUAAAUAUAGCUACACUGGCCACACUGCUCUCAAGACCUACCGGACGUGCUUGGCCGUUGAAAUUUGAUUUGAGACUUCGACGCGCAGCCGUUUACGUGGACUUGGGCGCUGUGAAAUCGUUUAAAUUGUUUAUUAGUAACUAGUUGCAGUACCUGGCCCGGUUCUAGGGCACGUGCCCAGUUCAUAGAAACAACGAUUACAAGUAAAGCGCGCAACGCAAGUGGCCCUGAAUGUGUGUGAGUGCGCUUCGCAUUUUGUUGCGCGCCGCGUUUUAAUUGAUCGUCUGGGAGGCUUAAAUUGAAAGUGUUGAGGAAAGUAUGAGUCUCGGGAAGUGCUCAAAAACAGCGACAGCAGCCACAGACCUAUUAAAUAAAUAACAUAAACGAUCCGAGUACAAACGAGAAAUUUGUCUCCAGUGCGUCUGUUUUCGUAUGCGUGUUUUGUGAUUAUUGUGUUUUAUUUGUUGUACGGAAUUAUUCGCCUUGAAACACCGACGAUCAAUUGAAAUGGAGACUAUUGAAGAGCAAUCAAAGUGCGAAAUGUCCAUUUCGACAACACUGGCAUCGCGGAUCUGCCUGGUGGGAGAGGUCGGCAAGGAUGCGGAAACGCUGCUGGCAGCCGAGUCCUUCGGACUGCCCAUCGUUACCUCCGACACCGGACUGGACAUCCUUGGAGAAUCGGAAUGGCGGACAUUCUACGUACUGGACGACUUCGAGGGUGCCAGCUUCGAGGCGAUACACAAGCAGAAGGAAUGCAUUCUGGGACCGCCGGCUUUGAAGUACGCGGCCGAAAUGAAACAGACCCUGGGCCAGAACUCUCGUCCCAUUUACAAUUAUGCGAUGCGCGGCGUGGUCACUUGCUUCACCGGCAUACGCAAGAAGGAUGAGCUGACAAAGCUGGUUAACCUUAUACACUCGAUGGGCGGCUGCAUCAAGAAGGAUCUGAACACAAAGACCACGCACUUGAUUUGUAAUCACAGUGGCGGCGAAAAGUAUCAGUACGCCAAAACCUUUAGACUUACGGUGGUUCGUCCUGCCUGGGUGUAUGCCGCCUGGUCGGAUCGCAAUUCUUUGGAGUUCGACGCCACGCAGGAGAACUUCACCAAGACGCACCGGCUGAAGGCCUUCGAGGGCCAAAAGAUUUGCUUCUUUGGCUUCCCGCCCGAGGAGCACCAACACAUGGUGGACGUGCUGCUGGAGAAUGGUGGCGUUUGCGCCGAACUGGAGGAUCCGGAGUGCUCGCAUGUCGUGAUGCCCAACACGGGCGCAGUUUUUACAAGCACUAGCACUAGCACAGACACUACUACUAACCCAAGCACCCAGACUAACCCAUCCGAAUUCCAAACCCAAUCCCAAUCCCAGACACCAGGCCAGUGCCAGGGGGCGGAGGAGCAGUUGCUGGCCGAGGAUGCAGGGCAGGCGGCGGGGAUCGAAAAUGGGAAUCAUUCGCCAGCCAAUACAGACGACGGUGUUGUCCCACUGGAUGUAGACCCAGACUCGGACCAGGAGCACAAGGAGAACCAGGACUUUGACGACGAGGAUGACAUCCACUUUGACGAGCGGCUCUUUGUGGAGGCCGCGGAUAUAGGACAUCCUGGAGAUGAUCAGUUGCCCGAAUCCGAUGAUGAAGAGUUAGAAGAGGCUCUCAAGAAGGAGGUGAAAACCGAGCCGGAGCAGCUCGAUGGAGAGGAGGAUGAGGAUGUCCAGGCCAGCACACCAAAAACAAGCAAAAUCCGACUCAGCCUGAAAACAGCCACGCCUUUGAGCUCCCCAGAAUCGGAGGGGAUUGUGCUGGACUUCCAGAGCACCACCCAGAACAUAUCGCCCAUCCUCAAGGCGAUCAACGAGUGCGAUUUGGAGACGGAUGACCUGCCGAUCACCGAGAAUGAUUUGAAACGAAAGCGCGACAGCUUCGACAACGUGUCCCUGAUGUCGGUGGACUCCUUCGCCCUGCCAACCAGCACCAAGAAACCCAAACUCAUCCGCACGGGAUCCAUAUCGCGAACCCUUCGGCGAUCCGUGAGCUUUGUAGCCGAACCUCUGAUGAAGACAUUAAGACCUCGGAGGAGCUCUGUGGCGGAUGCCUCCACCUUCCUGGGCAGCGAGGCAGCCGAUGAUUCCAUUUGCUCGCUGGCCUCCUCCAUCAACUUGACUCUGAACGAAUCGAUCAAGAAGCCUGUGAAGGACAAGCUGCGUAGCUUCUGCGGCCGGAUCACCCGAAGCAGCAGUCGUCGGGUGGAGCGAGGCGCCGAGGGUACACCGGAGUGCUCCGCCCAGUUGGACAGUGGCUUCAAGACCCCCAAAGCCCCCAAGAUUCGAUCCUCGGCCACUCCGAAAACAGCCAAACGCCUCUUCGGACCUGUUGUUUCCGCUCUCACCCUGACCAAUCCCUCCACCCCCACACUGGUGAAUCCCCUACCGAUACCCACUCCCACUGCCACUGUCACUGCCAGUUUGGAUGUGAACGAUACCUCGUCCAAUACAUUUGCUUUCUGUGCUGCUGCCGUCACGCCUGCCAUGCCACCCGUCUCAUCAUCAUCGUCAUCGUCAUCCCCCAUCCUGUCGACUUCGAUUGCUGUACAUAGCUCGGUGCAGGUUAUUAACAAAUCCCCCGAAGAGUCCACCGCGGGGCGUCAGACUCUCCUCGAAGAGCCCAUGCAAAUGGUGGUUGACGAGCACACGACUGUGUCGAAGCCGGAGCCCAAGAAUAAUCAUACUCACAUCCUGAAAUCAGACUGGUUCUGGUAUACCAUCCAGAAUGGCUAUGCCAACGAGAUGGACUAUCUGUUCGGCGACUACUUGGAUAGCAUCACGAAUACCCCUAACACGGAUCGUCGCGACUCCUUACCCAUUAGCUUUAAUAAACGGAAACGCAAGCGUUUCUCGCAACGCAUCCAACUGGAGGGCACUCCUUUGGGGUCCGGCAAGCGACGCUCCUCCGUCUCGGAUGCCGGUCUUCUAUCCGUUUCCAAUAGCUUCUUCGACUGCACCACCAGUCCGGACAAGCUGGAGGUGGACAAGUUGCACCACGCCGAGCCGGAGGCCAGUGAUGCCACGCCCGCCAAGAAGUCGAUGCGAUUCAAUCACUUUAUGGACUUUUUCACCACCGAGUCCAACUAUGUGGGCAUUCUGGAUACCAUUCUGAAUCUCUUUAAAAACAAGCUGGAAGAACUGGCGGAGACCAAUGAUCCUUUGCUGAAUAAAUCGGAAAUCAAAACCAUCUUUGGCAACUUUCUGCCCAUCCACGAGGUGCACCAAAGCAUGCUGGAGCACCUGCGCAAGCUGCACGCCAACUGGCGGGAGGACUGUUUGAUCGGCGACAUCAUCAUCCAGCACAGGGACGAACUAAUCAAGGCCUACCCCCCCUACGUCAACUUCUUCGAGCAGAUGAAGGAGCAGCUGCUGUACUGCGACCGGGAGUAUCCUCGCUUCCAUGCCUUCCUGAAGAUCAACCAGACUAAGCCGGAGUGUGGCCGUCAGAGCCUGCAGGAUCUGAUGAUCAGGCCGGUCCAGCGACUACCCAGCAUCAGUCUACUGCUGAACGACAUCCUGAAGCACACGAAUGGCAGCAAUGCGGAUCACGGUCGAUUGGAGGAGGCGCUGAAGGCCAUCAAGCAGGUGACGCUGCACAUCAACGAGGACAAACGACGCACCGAGUCGCGCAUGGCCAUCUUCGAUAUAUUCAACGAUAUCGAUGGUUGUCCGCCACAUUUAGUGAGCUCCAAUCGCUCGUUCAUCUCCAAGUGUGAGGUCAACGAGCUCUCCGACUCCCUAAGCGGUCGAGGUGACAGCCUCGUCGUGUACCUCUUCUCCGAUUCCAUGGAGCUGUGUAAGCGGCGAUCACGCGGCUUCAACACCGCCAAGUCCCCGAGCACGGCCAAGACGCACAAGCACCUCAAGCUGAUAUCGUUGAACACAAUACGGCUGGUGAUCGACAUCUCGGACAGCCCGCGAGCCUUUGGACUCCUCCAGCGUGGCGAAAAGGAGAAGCUCUACACGUUUACGAUCAGCGACGAGGAGACGGAUAAGCAUGUCUAUGUGAAGAAGCUCUGCAAUCAGAUUGCAGCUCACACCUGUCGUACAGAUGCGGACAAGCUGUUGAUUAGUCGAACCUCCCAGGAACUGGAGGUGGACAUAAGCGAUGUGAAUGUCAGCACGCUGAGCAAGGCCUUUAAGCUGGCGGCCAAGACCCGACUAAAGGUGGGUCGCGCCUUCUCCUUCAACAAGACACCCAACAAGCUGAAAAGAGCCGUCUCCACCAUGAUGACCUCGCCCUUUGGCAGCACCAACUCGCUGACGCCUGCCUCCCAAUUGGCCCAAAUGCGUUUGGCCAGCUGCACAAAUAUUAAUGAAGUCGACGAUGAGGACUGUGCCAGCAUGAGGAGCAGUUCGCCCUCGACGCAAUCCGAGAUGCUGGUGGUGCCACCGCUCUCAGUGCAGCCCACCCGGAAAAACAAGGCCGUUGUGGGCCGAAUUUAAAGGAGUUGAAUGAUAAUUCCGCAGUGCUUUAAAGCCGUUUCGUGUAUUCCAUUUGUUUCCGAGGUCUUCUUUAUUUCUAAAAGAAUGACCCAACGUGUAAUUCUUCGAGGAUGGACGUGGAUGAAGAGCGUCCGAGUCCGAGUUCAGUUGCGACUGCCGCCCCUUGUUUGAAUUCGUAAUCUCACAAAAAAUCAACCAGAAAUAUCACGCGUCCAAUAUUUUUUAGAUUGUAAAUUGUAUUGUUAAGCUGGAACAACCGUCGAUGUGUGGACGGAUAGCUCGAAAAUGUUGAACCGUUUGUCCGAGCGAUCGAUUGACUAUGAUUACCUACUGUAUAUAGUUUUCGCUAAUUUGUGUCGCGUCGCUAAAUGUAAUCGCCAAACCUAUUGUAAUCGCAGUAGUGACUAGUGACUAGAGACCGCAUUCACGCACUCGAUCGAUCGAUUCGAAUGGGUUUCGGUUGAUCGCCACACCGCAACAAGCUGUGAAUGUUUACUGAGUAAAUUUUUAAAAACCCCCCUUACUACUUACUACUACUAUAUAUUGAUUAAAGCUCAACGAUCUGCUUGAGUAGGCAUUUACGGCCCUAAGCCGUAGUGUAAUCGAAGCAUGACGAUGUUUAAGUUAAUGUAUGAAUUUUAUUAAAAUACAAAUCUUUUAAAAAUCA